AUGACCCUGCCAUCGGCGAAUUCAGCUACCCACCUCGACCCCACGGGCUACCCGCAGCUACUCCUCAAGCGCGGCUCCGACGUUUUAACCAGGAUCGGGCCGUGGAAUGGGUUCCGCUUCCCCGGGCCUCCCAACCCGAAGGAGGACCCUACUUACAAGCUCACAUUCGUGAUGGAUGAGGAGAGAGUGAUUUACAGAUCUGAUUCAGUCGACGCGUCCUUCAUCUCGCGAUACGCGCUGAAUCAAAACGGCGUCGCGCGGAGGUGGACUUGGGUGGAUCGGACUCGCGGAUGGGUGAUCUACUUCAGCUUGCCAUCGGAUAUCUGCGAUACUUACAGGCUCUGCGGCGCGUACGGCAGCUGCGACGUGGCUGGCUCGCCGUCGUGCAGGUGCCUCGACGAGGAGCGGUUUGUGGCGCGGGACCGCGAGGGGUGGGUGAGGGCGGAUUGGUCGGACGGUUGUGUCAGGAGGGAAGAACUUGAGCUGCGACGGGAGUGA